CUUAAUUUUCUGCUCUUUAAACUUCCAGGCCUCAAUGGCCCAGCCCAGUAGCCCACAGGAGAAGGUGAAGCACUCGCCGUCUCGCUCCCAUCUCUUCACUUCGAACCGCACGGCGGCGCUGCGCCGCCGCUGGAGCACCGCUACUGCAUUGCAUCCGGCCGCCGGAAUCUCACCGGCGACUGCAGGAGACGGCCGUGGCGCGGCCCCAGUCCGUGCCCUCUCCCUUCGGUCGAUGGUUGGACUGGUUGCAUUGUCACUGGACACGGUCGCCACCAAGGACGAGUUCGUCCGCCUCUGCGCCACCGGCCGCCUCAGGGACGCGCUGCGGCGACCCUUCCGCGGCGUGCUCUGGUCGGACGCUGCCCGCCUCUUCUCCCACCUCUUCCGGGCUUGCCGCGCCCUCCGGCCACUGCGCCAGCUCCACGCCUUCGCCGCCACGUCCGGCGCCGCCACCGACCGCUUUACGGCGAACCACCUCAUGCUGGCGUAUGCUGACCUGGGCGACCUCACCGCCGCCCGCGAACUGUUCGAGAGAAUUCCCAGGAGGAACGUCAUGUCCUGGAACAUUCUGUUCGGGGGUUACAUCAAGAAUGGCGACCUGGGUGGCGCGCGGAAGCUGUUCGAUGAAAUGCCUGAGAGGAAUGUGGCGACUUGGAAUGCCAUGGUAGCUGGGCUCACCAACCUAGGAUUUGAUGAGGAGAGCUUGGGCUUCUUCCUUGAUAUGAGGAGGGAGGGGAUGCAUCCUGAUGAGUUUGGCCUCGGGAGCGUGUUCCGGUGCUGUGCCGGGCUUAGAGAUGUUGUGACUGGGCGGCAGGUCCAUGCGUAUGUCGUGCGGUCUGGGCUGGACAGAGACAUGUGUGUUGGGAGCUCGUUGGCUCACAUGUACAUGAGAUGUGGGUGUCUUCAAGAAGGUGAGGCUGUGCUCCGAAUGCUCCCUUCACUUAGCAUUGUAUCAUGCAAUACCAUAAUCGCUGGAAGGACACAGAAUGGAGACUCAGAGGGAGCGCUAGAGUAUUUCUGCAUGAUGAGAAGUGUCGGUGUGGCUGCUGAUGUGGUCACUUUCGUAAGUGCUAUUAGUUCUUGCUCAGAUUUGGCAGCUCUUGCUCAAGGGCAGCAAAUUCAUGGGCAGGUUAUGAAAGCUGGAGUUGACAAAGUUGUGCCAGUAAUGACUUGUCUUGUGCAUAUGUAUUCUCGUUGCGGGUGCUUAGGUGACUCAGAGAGAGUUUUCUUUGGUUAUUGUGGUUCAGAUACCUUCCUUCUCAGUGCAAUGAUCUCAGCUUAUGGAUUCCACGGGCAUGGACAGAAAGCAAUCGAGCUGUUCAAACAGAUGAUGAAUGGAGGGGCAGAACCUAGUGAUGUUACUUUCUUGGCCUUGCUAUAUGCUUGCAGCCAUAGUGGUCUGAAAGAGGAGGGCAUGGAUUGCUUUGAGCUUAUGACUAAGACUUAUGGAAUGCAACCAAGUGUGAAACACUACACUUGUGUUGUGGAUCUUCUUGGGCGAUCAGGUUGUCUGGACGAAGCAGAGGCCCUCAUCUUGUCAAUGCCUUUAACUCCUGAUGGGGUCAUAUGGAAGACAUUGUUGUCUGCUUGUAAGACCCAGAAGAAUUUUGACAUGGCAGAGCGGAUAGCAAAACGUGUCAUUGAGUUGGACCCUCAUGACUCUGCCUCUUAUGUUCUGCUAUCAAAUAUUCGAGCUACCAGCAGGAGAUGGGGAGAUGUCAGUGAGGUAAGAAAAGCCAUGAGAGAUAACAAUGUGAGGAAGGAGCCUGGUGUCAGCUGGGUGGAGCUUAAGGGUCACAUACACCAAUUCUGCACUGGAGAUGAAUCGCAUCCAAGACAAAAGGAGAUCGAUGAAUGUUUGGAAGAGAUGAUGGCCAAGAUUAGGCAGUGUGGGUAUUCACCGGACAUGAGCAUGGUGCUCCAUGAUAUGGAGGAUGAGGAGAAAGAAGUUAGUUUGUCUCACCACAGUGAGAAGUUGGCAAUAGCGUUUGCUUUUCUGAGCUUACCUGAAGGAGUUCCUAUCCGAGUGAUGAAGAAUCUACGUGUAUGUGAUGACUGCCAUCUAGCUAUCAAGUUAAUGUCCCAGGUAACUGGUCGGGAGAUUGUGGUCAGAGAUGUAAGCCGCUUUCACCAUUUUAAAGAUGGCAGAUGCUCUUGUCGUGAUUAUUGGUGAUUGGGAACAAAGCAUGGUAGGAAUUUCUUUUGCAUCUUCUGAGGGGAACAACAUCAACAUACCUUACCUGGUUUUUGAACUAUCUGAAGCAAUCAGCUGCAGUUGAUGCCCAGCAGUCAUAACUAAGGCUCAACGGGUGCCACACUCUUUACUGCCAGCUGGCGGUGGUACAACUAACAACUCAGAUCGGCUAGUAUGCACACUUGAAUGAACCCUAAGAUGCGAAUGCUCAAUGGUGUUUGGUUUGUACUUGUCUAAUGGCCCAUGUACAUACAUGAUGGCUUGGUUCCCAUGUAAUGCAAUGCUAUGGGAGAAUUCAUCUGUUUUCACCAGAUAUCUGCCUUAUUAACUUCUAGACCAGCGAUGGGAGAUUGGGUCUUCACCAGAGAUACCACAAACUAAUCUGGAAAGAGCGCAACUCGAGAAUCUUUGAACACAAAGAUUGCACUGCAGCGCAAGUUUACAGAGCCAUUAGAGAUGAAGUGCUGAUUUGGAGGGAAGCUGGAGUGUUUAAGCAUAGAGAGUAGUGUGUGGGAGUUUUCUCCUGGGUUCCUUGAUCCCCAGGAGUUUUUUUUUCUUUUUUUGGGGGGCUUAUGCCCUGCGACAGUACAAUGUCAUUCUGUACCUGGCUCAUUUUUCUCUCUUCUUAAUACAAUUAGGUUGGUCGAUUUUCGGCCGACCCAGCAAAGAUACCA